AUGGCACCCAAUUCGUCAAUGAUCGACGUCCAAGACGUAAAACCCCCAACAUACAACGAUACCCUUACAGAGGCAAGAGGACAACUCAAUUGCGGGGAGACGCCGAAAUUAUUUCUGGACAAGACAACAAUUUUCGCCAACACAUCCCCGCCUCGCGCACUCUACGAGCUGAGCAACAUCGUCACAGAUGCAAGGUCACUUACCUACGGGGUUCAGAAAGUUGUCUAUAGAGUCAGCCCAGCGCUCGGCAGCGACAAGAUCAGGACGAGACUAGACCACAUCUAUGACUUCAAACAAGAUCCUUUAAGAUCACUCGAAAGCUACAAAAUGCAGCUGUACGACGUGGUUGUCAUAGAAGGCCAGAUGAAUGCGAAAAGAACAUACAAGGAAGUGCACUUGAUGCCCAGCGUGGCCGGGUGGAAGGUCAAAGAUCACUUCAAGGUCGGCAAUAGCGUGGCGCAUCAGCUGAAGCACGAGAACGAGAUACACUGGAAGAGCAUGGAGGGUGAGAUCAUUGCAAUCGAGACGCUGCCCAAGAGGGACAAGGAAAAGAAGUUGCUCAACAUGCCUCAGCUGGAAAUCAAGACCGCGAUGGAAGACAAAGAAUUGGACCUCCUGGUGACCAGUUGGAUGGCUAGACUCUGGCGGCAAUCCGCUGGCGAAACCAAAGAGCCGAUGACGUGGAAAGAAUGUAGGUCUCCGGCCAUGACCCUGAUAACACAAAAACGGUGA